CAUCAAUUGUCCCUCACACACACGUAUGUCUGUCUGUCUGUCUGUAUGUCAGUCCGUCUGACUGUUCCCGCUUGGUCUUCACACCAUCACGGCUGAGUCAUCGCUCUCUGGUUCCUCCAAGGGCUGAGGCACACUUGUAUCGCCAUCAGCAGGGGCGGCUUGGUAGACGGGCGGCUUGUAGGAGCCGAGGAGGGAGCGAUCGUCGACGCGAUGUACGUCGUGGCUGGGCGAGAAAGCUGAUGAGAAAGACAUACGCAUACAUGACAGACACGACACACCACAGAUGAUUGAGUGGUCCAUGUGUGUGCUUUGUAUUGAUCGACCGUGGUGCCAUUUGGUCUUCAUGUCGGUCUGUGCGUCGUAGUUGAGAUUGAUGCAGCCACACAGGAGGAUGAGCAGCGAGUUUAUGGCGAUCGACGCGAGACACUUGACCACAAGCAACAGACCGCCUGCAAGCAGACAGACGCAUAGACACAUGCAGGCUUCUCCUUCACACACACACAUUCCUUCUCCAUCUACUUCCUACGGAUGUCGAGGCUGAUGAUGAGCGCGACGGGAGCGGCCACGAGCAGGACCAGAUAUCCGAUCACAGCCAACCUGCCAAACCAUCAUACCAUCACAUGCUUCCUUUGCAUCCAACGACGUUUGCUCAAUACGGUACCACGCCGGAGGCAUCACGCCACCCAUGUGGAACUGAAGGAGGUGACGCGAUUGUGAGCGCGGAAAACCGUGAACGCCAGCAGAGGUACAGACCAGCCAGCCAGAGGCAUCACACCCUGCACGACAGACACAAGCACACACACUCAUGCUGAUCAUGCUGUUUGUUUGUUUGCUUGUCUCUCUCUGUAUGUCUGCAUACCGUGCACACAUAGUAGAUGAUGACAGUAAACUGGUAGAGUGCGAGCAGAGACAUGGGUUUCUUCGUCUUCUCCUCGAGCCAGGCCACGCACUCGUCACGGAGCGCACUGAGUCUCACUGACACGGUACAGGCGGACAUCGUGACUCAGAAGUCAGGGCAAUCAAUCGAAUCAAUCAAUCGUGUCUCCAGUUGUGCUUUGCUUGCUGUGCUCGGCUCGUUUGACUCACGAGUUUGUCUGUCGUUUAAACGAUCGAUCGAUCGAUCACAUUCACAUGUAUGUGAAAUGUAUGUACCUAUGUACAAUCGAUCAUGAACGCCCGAUCUAACGCGUCAACGCCAAACAUCUCUGUCUGUGAGUGUAGU